AUGACGGAUGUACAAGUGAAUCCGAGCAAGGACGACGCCGCCGGCGCGGUUCGACAGAACGGCGACGUCACGCAGCGAACAGGUUGUCUGGUCGGGUGGUUGGGUGUGAGGCGCAGGAGCAGAGCACGCCAGGACAAACGGACGGACGACGUACCUUACCGAGGAAGGACUUCCAGGUCUUUAGGCGAGCUAGUUUCUCGUCAGACACUGAUCGACAGACAACGCAGCAACCGUGUUCGCGAAUCCUCCUUGAGGACCACCCUAAAUCUCGUGAAACAGGUAAAAUCGAAUCAACUAUCAGACUUUCGGAGACCUCAAGGUCCGCCUGGAUUACCAAGGCAGCCCAUAAAUAAUGGUCCUGUAGGCCAACCAAGACCGGGACAGCCACAACAAAUCCGAUUUGAUAGUCGUUCUCCGACCGAAUCUGGUUCGGGUCAAUUUGGAGCACACAGGCCGUACGGUCCUCCAAAACCAUCAGGAGCUCCAGUUCCUCAAAGGCCACCGCAACCAGGUCAACAUCCGCCACAACAGGUUCCAGCACAAAGAAGUCAAAAUCCAACACAACUAAAUCCACAUCCGCGGCAACUAAAUCAAAAUCCACCUUCACAAAGAGGUCAGAAUUUGUCACAGAGCCAAUAUCAACAAAGUCAGAAUCCACAACAAGGUCAACAUCCGUCACAAGGUCAAUAUCCACCUCAACAAAGUCAGAAUUCACUGCAACAAGGUCAACAUCCACAAGGUCAACAUCCACAAAGUCAACAUCCACAAGGUCAAUUUCCAUCACAACAAGGUCAACAUCCAUCACAAGGUCAACAUCCACAACAAAGUCCACAUUCACAACAAGGUCCAUAUCCGACACCAAACAGACGUCAGAGUUUAGCACAAGUAGGUCAACAUCAGUCACAAGAAAGUCAGAGUCCGUUACAAGGUCAACAUCCAUCACAAAGUCAGAAUCGACCACAGCAAGGUCAACAUCCCUCGCACGACCCGCAUCCACAAAGUCAGAAUCGACCACAGCAAGGUCAGCACCCGUCGCAAGACCCUCAAAGUCAAAAUCGACCACAACGUCAACAGCAAAGUCAGAGUCGACCACAAGGACACCUCACGCAGGAACCAAUACAACAAAAUCAGCAUCCAACACAAAAUCCUCAGCAAAGUCAACCACGGCAACAAAGUAAAACUCAGCAAAGAGGUCAAAACCCAGUGCAGAUAAACCAAGGUCAAAAUUCACAGCAAACUAUCGUUUUGAAUCCUCGAUUCGUCGCACCAUCGUCCCCACGUCAACAGGGACCUAAUUCACAUCCGAAUUAUCAGCAACCACACAAGAACGCCGAACAAUCUCAACCGGGACACGAGCAACAAAACGUACGGCAGCAAUCACGAAACCCGGAGGCUGCCCGAUCCCAGGGGAUCGCACAAAACCAAUUGCAACGAAAUGAAUCGUCGUUGAACGUAGUCCAGCAGGGUCCAUCCAUCAAGGAGGAUAAGAAACAUCCGCUUCCGCGUAUAGUAAUCGACAAAAUGGCCGAUGUUGAGAACGCGAAGAAGUUUCAGCAGUUCGAAAAUCCUUCCAAAACCGAGAAUGUGGAGGACGAUGACGAUGAUGUGGUGAUGGACGGGAAAAAGUCGCCGCGUACCAACGGCGAGAAAGAAGCCUUCGAGUGUAAACUGCCGAAGAAGGAGGAGCCGAUAAAGAGACCGGAGACUGCUACGAUAAAUGGAAAGGUGGAUAAGCCUGAAACGAUCGGGGAAAAGGCUAAUGAAAAGAAUGGCGACAUAUCCAAAGGUGCAAAUGAAGAAUUCGAAAGUGACACCAAAUCGAAGUCUGAUGAAAAGUCUACGAAUAAACACGAGAUCGAUGGUAAACCCGAAUUGGUCGAUAAAGAGGCAACGAAAAAAUUAGAGGAAGUUGAUAAAGGAAGUUCAGAUAAAGUGACUGAUAAAGAAAUUUCAAAUAAAGCGUCCGAUAAAGGAAGUACAGAUAAAGUGACUGAUAAAGAAAGUUCAAAUAAAGCGUCUGAUAAAGAAACUUCAGAUGAGUCUAAGAUGUCGGAUGCAAGCAAACGGUUGGAGGAAGUAAAUCAGGAACAAAGUGAUCAGGUAUCUCCGGAUAAAUCGAGUACAACGGGCGAACCUCAAAAUCAGGAACUUAAAACACCCUCUAAAUCUCCGGAUAAAUCGAGUACAGACAUGAGCCAACCUCAACAAGAACAUAAAACACCCCCUAAAUCCCCAGAUAAAGCGGAGAAUCAAAAUGAACUGAAAACACCCCCUAAAUCCGCGGAUUCGAGUACACCGGAUACGAAUAAGAACGGAAGUGAUCAACAAUUGAAAACACCGUCCAGAUCUGCAGAUAAAUCGCGAGCUAGUACGCCGACAGAGAGUAGUGAAGGUAAAACGGAAGAAUUGAAGGUGCCGUCUAAAUCGCCAGAUAAAUCGCGAGCGAGUACCCCAGCUCAAGAGGAAGAUUCGAAGGUUCCGACGGAAAAACAGGAUAAAAAGGAUGAACAGAAAUCUGAGACUACUGAAAUUAAAGAUGAAGAAACUGAGAAGAAGGUAGAAGAAAAGAAAGUUGAAAAGGAUGAUAAGGAUGUGUGUCCUUUGAAAGCGAAAGACAAUGAAAGUGAAAAAGUAAAAACGGAGUCCAAAACCGAAACAAUAUCGGACAAAACUGAAACAAUUUCUAACAAAACCGAAGCAGGACACAGUGAAAAAGAGAAGGAGGAAAAACCUGAAGAGAAGUCAGAAGUAGAAUCUGAACCAAAAGCGAAGAAAUUGGAAGAGCAGGCUGUAGAUGAGAACAAAUCUAGUCCUGCUGCGGAAGAGUCAAGUGUUAAGAAUGAAGGACAAAAAGAGUCACCUGCCGAAGAGUCUUUGAAACCGGAAGAGACAGAUAAAAAGACUCCCGCGUUAGUGGAAGAUUCAGGAAACGUACCGGAAUCGAUGUUGUCUCCGCCAAAGACUCCAGAAGGAAGCGUGAAAGGCUUCGAUCAUGGGCAACCGAGAUCGUUGUCGGUAAAAUCGUCGCCAUCUUAUAGCCCUCAGUCGCCAGUCUCGCCGAAAUCCCCGAAAACCAAUGAUGAUGAGAAAAUGGAGGACGAUGAGAAAAAGAAGGAAGUCAGUGAUUCGAACGAUAAAAAGAGCGACGCUAAGAAGACUGAAUCGAAGAGCUUGAAAGUAGCGGCGCCUAAGAUUCCGAGCGUAUCGACGCCUACUAAAUUAGGCGAAAAGUCAGAGAAGAAGUCUUCGAGAAUUACAGAAAUUGAGAAUGGUAGUGCAUCAAACUCGGAGAAGAAAUCUGCGGCUGGGUCGCCGGUAAAAUCGCCAAGUAAAUCUGUCAAAUCGUUGCCACGAACUCCGGAAACUCCGACAUCGACAGGUGGUCAAGAAAAGAAAAAGGUGCCUAUGAACAAAAUUCAAGUGGGAUCAGCGCCAUCUCCGAACUUGAAAACGGUGAGAUCGAAGAUUGGGUCUCUGGAGAACGCGAGCUACAAACCGGGCGGUGGAAAAGUGAAGAUAGAGAACAGGAAGUUGGACUUCAGCAAGGCACAGCCGAAAAUUGCAGCGAAAAAUGAGAAAUACACACCCAGUGGUGGCGACAAAAAGAUCGCUCAAGUAAAACUUCAGUGGAACGCGAAACCUAAGGUUGGAUCGUUGGAAAACGCGACGUACAAACCUGGGGGUGGCGAUAAAAAAAUAGAGACCGUGAAGCUCGAUUUCAAAGAUAAAGCAAAACCAAAAGUCGGCUCGAAAGACAACGCUAAACAUGUUCCAGGAGGUGGCAGCGUUAAGUCAUCGGCAACGCCACCUAAGACGCCACAGGAAACGAAUAACGACAUCCAAACACAAAAAAUUGAUAUCAAAGCGGAGAGUAAGAUUGGAUCCUUGGAUAACGUGAAGCAUAAGCCUGGGGGUGGUGAUAAAAAGAUUUUCAAUGAUCGAGAUUAUCUUCGACAAACUGGUUCAAACGUAGAAAGUCUCAGUGGUAGUGGAUCACAGGUUGAAAAUGACGAAGAAAUCAAUGCUCCCGAACAAACGAAAGAUGACUCGCCACAACCACCGCCAAGUACUCCAACAAAGGUCCAGAACCUAUCAUCGUCCUCCAUAGUAACUCCUAGAGCAGUCAGAAGUGGUUUGGCAAAAUCCCCAGAAGCAGGACCUAAAAAAAGUCUGAUCUCUCAAGAAACGGAAGCAGAAAUGGGGGGCAAGAGUCCAAAUGUGGAGGAUAGAAAUACAACAAAAUCACCUGGUACUCCACGUUCCCCUAACAGUCCUCAAUUAAAAAGUCCAGAAGACAAAACAGCAAAAUCACCCGGCACUCCGUGUUCUCCUAACAGUCCUCAAUUCAAAAGUCCAGAAGACAAAACAGUAAAGUCACCCAGUACUCCGCGUUCCCCUAACAGUCCUCAAUUAAAAAGUCCAGAAGACAAAACAGCAAUAUCACCCGGCACUCCGCGUUCUCCUAACAGUCCUCAAUUGACAAGUCCAGAAGAGAAAGCAGCAAAAUCGCCAGUUUCUCCACAUUCUCCCCAAUCGAAGACUCCGGACGACCAAUCAGCAAAAUCACCCAGAACUCCACGUUCCCCUAACAGUCGAUUAAAAAAUCCAGAGGAUAGAACAGUAAAGUCACCUUCUCCGAGUAAUUCUCAGUCAAAGAUUCCAGAAGAUAAAACUGCAAAAUCAUCUGGAUCACGGUCUCCUAACAUUCCUCGAUUGAAAAGUGCAGAAGAUAAACCUGUAUCUCCACAUUCUCCAAAUAAUACUCAAGAAAGUCCAGAAGAUAAACCAGCAAAACCUAGUCCACGUUCUCCUAACACUCGAUUAAAAAGUGCAGAAGAUAAACCUGUAUCUCCACAUUCUCCAAAUAAUACUCAAGAAAGUCCAGAAGAUAAACCAGCAAAACCUGGUCUACGUUCUCCUAACACUCGAUUAAAAAGUGCAGAGGACAGAGCAUCAAAAUCGCCUGUUUCUCCGCGGUCUCCUAAUAGUCCGCAAUUGAGUCCAGAUAAAGUGUCUCCUCGUUCCACUGGGAAAUCGUCUGCGAAAGAAUUGCGACUACCAAAAUUGGCACCUUCUCCUACUCCGCAGGAGCCUAUCUCAGCCCCAGAAGCGCAUUCUAAGCUGAGUUUACCAAAACUUAGCGUUGCACAUUAAUUAAUUGAGAGAAUAAUACCUUAGCGGUUGCACUUGAUGCACACAGCGGACUUCGGGUCAAUUUGAAACCCAGGAAUCUUAAUAACAAUCAGAAUUUUUCUUUGAAGGCUAAGUUAAUUGAAAGUGGUUAGAAAAUUAUGGUACACACUCGGUUAUACUAUGUGUGUCCAACAAGAAGUCUUCUGAGUGAAAUGCAAGGAUUAAUCGAAAUGAAAGGGUAAUUUCAAACGAUGUAGUGUUUAAACUACUACAUAACAAUGAUUGUUUAAAUUACUGUGUACAGUGUUUAAGUUACUAAUUUAAGUGGUUACACAUAAAUAUUGAUAAAACUUACAUAAAAUUAACGAGUAGUGUACCUCGCUUAACCCUGAACCUUUUCAGGAGACUUCUUGUAAGAUACACUGAGUGGUUUGAUAAAUUAUUUUAUUCCAUAAAGUCUUUCCCUUAUUUAACAUUCAGAGACUCAUAAAAAUUACGUCAAUUUGUCAAGAAUGUAAAAUGAAAAUUUAAGCAUGGUGUUUUAAAAUGUAAAAUUAUGGAAUAUGGAGAAAAUGACUCUUGCCUAUGAGUUGUCUCCCAUGACCUCAUAUUUAUACAUGUAUCUGAGACGAUUAUCUAGCAAUUACUAAAUACAUAUAUUUAUUCUGUAUACCAAUUUGCAAAAUAAUUUUGUACUAAUAACGAACGAUAGUUUUUGGAACACAUUGGACCCAAAUUUGGAAUUAUUUCUAAGGGGCCGCAAAGUUUAGAACUAGUUUAUGAUUACACUUUUAAAAAUUUGAAGAUUUAAAAGUACAUGUAAAGAUUGCAAAAUUAACAAAUUUGAAGAUCUAAAAAAGAUUUGAACAUUUAAAAAUUGAUUCAUAACAUUUAGGUUAGCACAACUAGCAGCUUACUAAGAACCUCAACACUUUGAAGACGAGCUUCGUACUUUUUAGCUUAUGCUGUCAUUUUUUAGAAUUAUUUAUAUUGAAAUCUGCUAUAAUCAUAAAAUUUGAAGCAUAUAUUAUAAACAAAAAAUGAUUUCUUAGAAAAUAUCAUUCAAGUCAAAUAUGAUAAAGAUAAUUUCAUUAUUAUGUUUAGUUAACUUAUAUUUAGUUUACUCAUUAUCAACUUUUAAUAUUUUCAAUUAAUUACAAUGAACAUUUCAUGAACAAUAUGUAUAGAUUGAUCCCCUAUGAUAAAAUGUAAUUUGGCCUUGGGGACUAUAUUGAUAUCACAUAACCUACAGCACAAAUUAUCUUAUUUUCUAUAAAUAUACAAACACGCAACGGAUAUUACAACUGGGAAUAUUUUUCCCAGAAGUAAUCUUAGAAGAAAAUUAUGUUUUAUUUAUGUUUUCUUCUGUGGUGUAUGCAUGUUUUUGCAGAUAUAAACAUAAUUUAUUUCAUUUUUAAAAACAGCUAGCUAUCCUAGCUUAUCUUAUCCUAGUUUAAAAUAACUAGAACAAAGAAUCAACUUUUAUAAAAAAAAAAACAAAUGGAUGGGCCACAGCAUCAUUACAUCCUCUAUACGUUUUAUUUUUUAAAUAGCAUACCAAUUAUAUCAUAAAAUAAAGAAAAAAAAAUACAUAGAUAAGUUAGAUGAUAUUUAUUCCCCUAAACUAACACAAACAGAAAUAUGUUAUUUUCAAAUGUGAAAAUUAAUUUGUUUAUUGCAUACUUUAAUACAAAUUGUAUUUUUACUUCCUUUGAAAUAUAUUUUUUUUUUGGGCCUGGAGUCCGUUAAGUGAGAACUAAAUUUACUUUGAGAAGUAAGUAACAUUGUUGGAAACUUAAAAAUUGCAAUUUCUAAAUUAAUUCCUUUUUCUACAUUGUAUGAAUUUAGAGAACCAAUUAGGACACACGUAAAAUUGAAUUAAGUAGUAUGCACUUUAUAACAAAUAAUUUUCACUUGUAUUAAUGAAUGUAGAGCUGCUUCACAUAAAUAUAAAUGACUGAAGGAAUAAUUAAAACGCCAUAAUGCAAAGAAAGUGAUGGCUUGAAACAUUUGCAAGCCAACUCCUUUCUAACGAAAUUCAUUCCGUCGCAACCUCGCAUCUUUUACCUCAAAGAUGAAAUUUUUAAGAAGGUUGAGAGUCUGAGAAAUUUUUGUAGUUUAUAAUUUAUUCAAUAAAUACAUAAUCUCAUGUACACGAUGUUUCGUAAAUUGUAAAUUAUGGAUAAAAAGUAAGAUAAAAGUAUCAAACGAAGUAUACAAAAAGUAUAUAUCAUCAUAAGAUUUCGCUAAAAUCGAUUAAAUAAAAUUAGUUAUACAAAUUUUGUAAACAAAUGAUUUGUGUUAAAAACAAUUCAUUACUUUGUCAUUUACUUUCCCUAUGCAAUUUAUGAAAUAUCUUGCGAACAAUCUGAUCAAAGAAAAAAAUAUUGUUAUUUUAAUUAUGUCUGUACACGUAUACCAAAUAUAUUAUUAUGUAUAAAACGAGUUUAACAAUAUGUAAAUAGUACAUCGUAAUUUUACUGCACAUAACAUCACAAAAUACAGUUCUGUUAAUUAUAAUGCAAAAUAUUGAAAAGUAUUAUUUUCAACUAUAACCUUUGCAAUUACUUAAUCAUAUUUCCAUCCAAAUUGAGAUCAAAACCAUAAAAAAUCUAUAAGAAUUACGAAUAUACUAUAUUUGAGAUACGGAAUAGUGAUAGUUAUUAAAAAUAUAGACAUUUCUAAGGUAAUAACAAUAUAUGGAUAGUUCUUGAUGUACAUAGCAAAAUAUAUCUUUAUUGCAUAUACAUUUUCAAUGUGUUAAAAUUGGAAGUACGUUUUACUAAGAGAUUCCAAAAAUAUUUGACUGUAAUAAUUAUAUUAUUGGCAGUUUUGUGCUGUUGUGAAAAAAGUACUAUGAAACAAGAUAAAUUAAAGAACAAUACAGAGUAAGUCACGAAUUCUGUUCACCUGAAAUAUUUCUGCUUUUGUUACAGAAUAAGAGAAUACCCACUGUGUUAAGUUUUAUGAGCUCAAAGAAUUUAUAUGUUGUAAUAAGUUACACUGCAUCCAUUGAAAAUGUAAAUAUGAUGAACACUUCACAAUUAAUUUAAUUUUUUUAAUUAAAAUAAUUAUUCUGUUAUAAUAAAAUUUAAAUAUAUAAAUAAAUACUGAAUUUUGAGAAAAA